AUGUCUCGUCUAAUCCUCCUCAUCAGCCUCGUCGUAAGCCUGCUGGGCAACUUUUGCUUUGCGAGCCCGUCCAGGACCCAUGCUGUGGCUGCACGGACUCACAAACGCGCGGACUGUACUCCCACCCUCACCGGGCUCGGGGAGAGUUCGUCGGCCGAAUGGAUCCUGGGUAAAAAGCCCACCGGACAGCAGGUCCUUGUAUCAUUGAGUGCCGACAAGCAGGUCCUGCAGGUGCGAUACCCGUCUUACAAGGAUUACCAAUAUCAAACGGUGAGUGUGUGGCUGGGAACCAGUCGACCGACCGAUACCAACCCCGGAGGCUAUCCGUGGGGCUCGAACAAGGGAUCCCCGCGGUGCACGGUCGCGGGCGCCACCGCAUCCUGCGAUAUCCCGCUGAGCGAGGUCCUGCCGAAUGACAACCGGUGCCCGGACAAGACCAUCUACAUUGUGACGCAUGCCAGCGUGAAAAGUCCCACGCUGGGUGCCGAAGGUGGAACCGCUGGCGGCAGCCCCGCGAGCCCGACCAGCUCUGCCGUCCCUGCGCAAUGCAUCAAGACAUCCUGUAAUCCCUGGUUCACCUUCUGGAGCUUCACCACCAAGUGUGAGUGCGACGAUGGCGGACAGUGGUGCGAUUUCGGCUCCGCGUUCGGGCAUUCAGCGUCCCCACCAGGGGUCGCACUGGAGUGCAACCCACCCUGGGGAUGGUCGAACCAGAUCGACUCGGCCCCGCUCGGGGGAACGCUGUGGGUGGGCGGUCUCCCCAACUACAACGAUAUCAACGUCAACGCCGUCAAUGUCGGGCCCUUCACGGCCUUUUUUGGGGACAGACAGGUCCAUUUCAGGUACGUCGUGGACGUCGACUACCGACUGACCGCCGUCCAUGCGCAUGUCGCCUGUUCACCGUCCCUCACCACGUGUUCCCUGGACCAGUAUGCGAUCAAAAUCGACGGUUUGGCGGUCCAGGAGUAUGAGACCCCUUCAGUGUCUGUGGACUGCAACAAGCCGUAUAUCAUUGUGCAUGCCAGGAUCCAGAAGAAGAAAACGGAAACGACAUGCCCUUCUCCCCGGAACACCGGUGCGCAUUGA